CGGUUGCUGCUGCUGCUCGGCGGCGCGUUCUUCGCUGCCGUUGCAGCCGCCGCCGACCUCAAGCUGAAGCUGGACGCGGAGCAGCCCGUGACCGUGACGCUGGCGGACGGCUCUACACGCGAGCUGACGGCCGCCGAGUUCGAGCAGCUGGCCCGCGAGCGCUCGGAGCAGCAGGCGAAGCUGCAGCCCCAGGAGGAGGAGUCGACGCGCUGGAAGCGUCGGGAGCUGCGCGACAUCCAGGACCAGGACCCGCAGUUCGCGCUUCACAUCGACCUGGCCAAGCGCACCUUCAAGGAGCUACAGCGCCACGGAUACGCACAGGGCUACGCGCUCACGGGCUUCAGCGAGCAGGACGCGCGGCCCAGGAAGCGGCAGGUGACGGCUGACUACUACGUGGAGCUGGUACUAACCUCCAAGAAGGACCCGAGCAGUGGCGUGCCGGCUAAGACGGGCACCGGCACCAGGAAGAACGACGACGGACCGCUCAGCUACGAGGUGCAGCUGCUGCUGGACGAACAGGAGCGCUUUUCGGUGGUGGCGGCGUGGGAGCUGAGCGAAAAGGAGCCGCCCAAGGGACAGCGCAAGCGGCGAGUGGUGCGGCUGUCCAUCCAGCCGACGCCGGCGCUGCUGGAGCGCGAGGCGAAGCGGGCGCUCAUGAGGCCGGCCUUCGCGACGUGGCUGCUGGCCGGAGGCCUGGCACUCGUGGCUGCGGGCGUGCUCGUCAUGUACAACACACGCAACCCGAUUCCGGCGCCCAAGCCGCGGCGGCGCUCGAGCGACAUUUGGGAGCUC